AUUCGACAUGUCUUCGUCCCUCUCACGGGCAUUCACGACCCGGCGGAUCAGGCAGUUUUCGCAGUCGUCGGAGCCCGACCACCCGAUCCAGCCACGGAGCAACCUCCAGAAAGUGUCGAUGACUUCCUUGCGCCACAAGAUUUCGGCCCCUGUCAAGCUCGUACACACCACCAACGUGUUGGCAUACAAUGCGCCGGAUCUUCACCCCCAGUCUGCCACUUCAACCAAAUCGUCAUUCCUGAAAUCCGACGAUGACUUGUCUGACAGCACGCAUACUCGCACUUCAUCUCCCCCCACCAGCCCCGAUAUCGACGAGGCCCCCGAUCGGGGCCUGUCUCUAGAGCCAAACCACCUUUCCUGCUACUUCACUGCCGACAAAUUGACGACAUCUCCCGUUACCACUCACCAGCCGUCACCGCUGGCUGAGGCUCCUCUCGUUCCCACGCGCGCACCUUCCCACACCAAGAAGUCAUACGAUUCUCGAGCCAGCUUCAACUUCUCUCAACCGCGGUCAAGGAGCACCUCUGUAUCAUCAGUCAGCACCCCUCCGUCUCCUUCGUCCUACCAAAAGAAGAGGCCGCAAGUCUCGGUGCCCCCCUCCGUCAGCCACUCGAUUCCCUCUGCUACAGCUUCCCCUGCUUCUCCGUCGAGGCAAAGACGCGAAACCGAGUCACCAGCUCGCAGUCACAGGACAGAGUUCUCGCAUUCUCACCACCCCUUUGGGCAGGAAUUGGCCCAGGUAACGGAGAUCGCUGAGGAGUACGGUGUGAAGGAGAAGCUGAACGAGUUUGCUGCGGAGGAACAGGAGAUGGCGGCCACGGGACUGUGCAAGUUCAUCGCCGAGGAUUACCUAAAGGAGAUUCGGGGAUUCUUUGUUACUUUCUACGGCGUCGAGCCUGUUGAGCCUAGUACACCGGCUGCGACCCCGGCUAGCGCGUGGAUUUGAUGUGCCUAUUGAAGCACGUCGAUCGAUUUCAGCUUGCGAUUUUACGACUGUCAAAGCCACUUGGUAUAGGACAGCCUUCCACUGGACAUGUACGAUUCUGGGGUGUUAUCACGAGGUCGACCUGAACCAGAAAAGAGGUGUCGAACAACGAUGGACGUCCCCAGCUAUUGCCUGGGUCGGGUCUCGGAUCAGCCUCAUAUACCUUCGAACAGUGUCCCUUGAGCCUGAAAUACGAAGGAUUCUUCAUCAAACUUGUUGUUACUCUUUCAACAACCGUUACCCACAAGGGCUUCUGAAGGCGACGAUGGAUGUAUGCAUGGAAAACGGCGAAAUGGCCAUGGAAGGGAAGAUGCUACGUUUAUGCUAUUAUUCCUUUCUCUCUUUUUCUUUAUUUUGUUGUUGUAUUUUUUUUCCUUUGUUGUACAUCAUGUUGGGGGAUAGGUUGGCGGUUCGGUGGUUCAGUUUGGUUUGAUGUUUGAUACCUCUUCGCUCGUGCGCCAUACAGUUGAUCUUGAGGCGUGGGGAAUGUUCUAUUCUUAUUUUGUUUUUUUUUUCUUCUUUUCAAAUCCUUGUUAUCUUGGUUACCGAACCGAUGUCUCACUAUACUAUGUAUGGGUGUAACGUGUGGAAUCGAAAGCACGGGAGAUACACACGCAUAUACUGCACUCUAAUUCACAGGCCGUUACCUACUGCUCUUUGCGUCAUUCUGUACUUCAGAUGUUAAUAGUAAACUCUUAUGCC